UUGUAAUGAUUUGCUAGAGGACAGUAGACAAAGGAAAAAAUAUUUGUGGUGCUAAAAUCAAUUAAACAGUAUUAUAAAUAGUGUAUGAUUGACUAGAGAUAAACAAAGUGUUGAUAACAUUCAUCAACGGGUUUCUGUUACAUCUUUUAUAUACUUUCAUCAUCACUGUCAUCAGCUGUUCCAAGGUCACAUAUUUUUAUAUUUUAUAAAAUUUGCGAAAAAUCAAUCAUACGUUGAGAGAUAAAAACAAACAUACAAUAUAUAUGUGAUUAAAGUUUUUUGCCAAGGCGAGUUAAGGAGUUUGGGAUGUCACGUGGCAUCUAAAACCGGUCUUUAGUAAAUAAAACAUAUCGUUAACCAAAUAAACGUGAUUAAAGUGACGUAUUCGAAAAGCUUUUCCAAUAUGCGUCUUUCUGCUAAUUUGAUGAAACCAAAAGCUUCAGAAAUCUUAACCGCUUAUCUUAAACAAUGUAACGAACCACCGUGGACGUCAUAUUUUGUGAAGUUCAGGGAUGUUGAGAACGAUCAGCGUGGUAGGUCACACUUUAAUUGGACUCUGGAUUCUGGAGCAAAUUAUCAUAUACUCCGUACAGGAUGCUACCCUUAUAUGAAAUAUCACUGCAGUAAACGGGCAAUUCAAGAUCUUUCCAUGGAAGAUAAAUUUUUCCGAUUUUUGAAAGUAAUAAAUUUGGGACUGCCAAUGUUAUUUUAUGGGCUUGCUGCUAUCCAUCUUAUAUCUCAUACGGAACUUGUUCAUUUACCAAAUGGUGAUCGAGUCCCUAUAUACUUUCUUUAUGCAGAAGAUAAGGGUUCUAUGCACUAAUUAUGAUACGAUAUUGAAACAGUUUUACACAAUAAAAUGAGUUGAAACUCCAUA